UGCCAAAAGCGACUAACUCGGCUCAGAUGUUUUCUGUGCGCGUUAUCGAUGGCGAAGGCUGAUGGGAGUACUUUAACGGACGGGGCCGAUCAACAGCUCAACUCAAUUCAACUCCUUAGAACUUGGCAGAGGGGGUCUACUACAGCAGCAGAGACAAGCGAGCAUGCCAGCCCAGCAGAAUCUGCAGAGCACACAUGACUCGAGCAUGACACACAUGUGUCCAGCAGAGUUAUUGGAUAUGAAUAGGGGUAAGCAUUUAAGAAAUAUUUGCAUGGAUUGCUGGAGUCGCCUAUUUGAAUUUCAUUCAUAUCAGCAAAUGGUUUUAACUGCCCAAAGAAAACUAUCACUGGCUUAUAAAUCUUCAAUGAACUUUGGUGAAACCCACAUGGAAGUUAUAGAUGUAGAAGAAAGUCAUGAUGGAAAUGCAGAGAGAUCAAAAGAUACAUCUAAACAUAAACAACAAAAAACCACUAAGAGAUAUCAUGAGCCCGCAGAGACAAUUCAAAAUAGCAAGUUGGCUAAAACACAAGAUUAUCAAGUCAUAUUGUCCUCAUUCGACAACAGUUACUCUCACCUAUGCUGCAAUCCUAAUGAAAUUGAAAUAUCAAUGGAAACAUCCAGCUUAGAUGCUUCUCAAAAUAAUGAUUCUAGCUCUAAAACUUAUGGUAAAAAGGCUACAAAUCUAAACAUUAAUGCUUUAUCAACUACAAAUGCAUCAACAAGACCUCAAGAUUCUGAUAACUCAGUUAAGGCUUUGCAUGGUUCUCAAUGUCAGCCUAGAAAAUCUAAAGAUCCAUUUUCUCACAAGUCUGAAAAACAUUCUAACCCUGAUUGUUGUAUUUUAUCAUCGGAAGAUUCCGAUAAUUCCUUAGGCGACUUUGAAGAGUUUGAUGAUCUCAUAGGGUUCUUUGAAGGCGGAGAGUUUGAAAAUGCCAGUGAUUUAAGUAUGGAGUCCCAAGUUCCUGGUGGAUCAAAUAAAUCGUCUUUGCUAAAGACAAAUCCACUAAGUUUUGGAACAAAGCUUGCAAGAAUAUUUCAGUUUUCCUCCGUGUGCCGCCUGGUGUUCUUUCCAGGCCAAAAGUGUCUGAUAGACUUUAUCGCAUCUGGUGCACUUAUGAAAUCUCGCUAA